UUCAAUUUGUAACUUGCACGUUGUAGCCCUGAGAGUUGCAACAAUUUUACUGUUAGACAAGUGUGAUAAGUCCCAACAACAACAACGGAACCAUAUAACUAUCAGCUUCUGUGAAGUAACAUGACUAUUUCGCAUAAAUUAUGGAAGAAAUUUGCCGAAAUAAGUUGUAAAUUAAUAAUUGUACUCUUAAUACUUGAGGCCAAUGUCUGAAAUUAAAUUGGCCUUUAAUUUUCCAUACUUUCAAAAUGCACAUUCUUUUGGCUUGCGGUUUAAUAUUAAUAUUCAGCUCGUGGCAUCGUUUUUACCGAGUGUCUAGUUUUAAUUUCAAGUGAGAAAUGGCGGUACACAUUGAUGGUGUCUUUGAAGAAACGCUUAAAAAUGAAAUUAAAGGAAGUAAACUUCUAAUUGUUGGUGCAGGAGGUAUUGGCUGCGAAUUGCUAAAAACUCUGGUUUUGACUGGAUUUGAGGAUUUACAUGUGAUUGAUCUGGAUACCAUUGAAUUGAGUAAUCUCAACCGACAGUUUCUGUUCCAUAAACAGCAUAUUGGGAGACCCAAAGCUAUUGUAAGUAAAUCUUAUUUUUAUUAA